AUGGAAAGGACACGAUCGAGAGAUGGCGAUCGUCAUCGCGACGAUGAAGGCCGCCGAGGAGGCUACGAUCGGAGGGACAGAGAGCGCGAUUCGCGUCGCGAUCGCGAUGAGCGCAGACCAGGCAGGAUGGACGACGAUUCUGAGCACUCUCGUCAUUCUCGUCGCUUCUCUGAGGCAAAGAGCAGUAGCCACGACUCUCGUAGUCACCAUCGCGAUUAUUCCUCGCGCGAGAGGCGCGAUGAUGACAAUCAUCGAGGCCGCCCUGCGACAAUUGUCGAUGACGGCCGUCCCAUGCGCUACCAGCGCCCCGAGUUCAGUGGAGGCGGUGGCGGCGAUCGCCACCGGUCCUACAGCGGCCGCAGCCGGGACUCGUACCGGGACGAUCGUCGGCGAGGCGGGAUGGCGAUGGACGAAGAGGAGGACCUGCGCGGCGGCGGUGGCAGGAAGAGGGACCGGCCCGACUCGACGUUCCGAGGCCGCGGCGGCGGCUCCGGCCCGAACCGGCGGGAUCAGGAGAACCGACCCGAGUACGAGGUCCCCCGCGGCGGCUACUUCUUUUUGCACGACGACCGAGACGGCGGCUUUGGAAUGAAGAGGCAGCGCACUUGGGGCACAGAGGCGACGUCCAGGAGCAGAGUCGACAUUGCCGACAAGUGGACGCACGACAAGUUUGAGGACGAUGCGAGGGAAGACAACGACGCCAGGCGGAGCGACGCCAGCGGCAGCCGACGAGGCGAGAUCCGCUUUGCGAGGGGCGGGACCGAGGCGGCCGAAGAGGGCGGGCUGUCUUCUUCGAGGCGUGGCCGCAGCGACCGAGAUGACAGCAACGAUGAAGAGGAGGAGCAGCACACGGCCAGACGGUUUGCGGAGCGUGAGUCGCGCGACAACAGCGAUGAAGACGACGACGGCGAUGAGGACAGGGACGAAAGCCGCAACAACAACAACGCAAGUGACAAUCGCGAUGAAGACGGACACACAGUCGAGACAUCAGCCCCGAAGGACAGCGAAGAAGCGUCAAGCAGCCUUCUCGACGAGAUGGUGUGA